CACACACAAUUAAACCCAAGAGCUACAACAAACACUAAAACUCAUUUAUCUUUCUCUCUCCCUCUCAUCAUCAUCUUUGGCCAUGGCGAAGGACUUGGAGGUGCAAGAGGGAAGAGCAGCGAGGGAUUACCAGGAUCCACCCCCGGCCCCAUUGUUUGACAUGGAGGAGCUUGGGAAGUGGUCGCUCUAUAGAGCGGUCAUAGCUGAGUUUGUGGCUACACUUCUCUUCCUUUACGUCUCAAUCCUCACCGUAAUCGGGUACAAAGCUCAGACCGACGCAAGCGCCGGAGGAGCUGACUGCGGCGGUGUUGGGAUAUUGGGGAUUGCGUGGGCUUUCGGUGGAAUGAUCUUUGUUCUCGUUUACUGUACCGCCGGUAUCUCCGGUGGUCAUAUAAAUCCGGCUGUGACGUUCGGACUGUUCUUAGCUCGAAAAGUGUCAUUUGUGAGGACAGUGUUAUACAUUGUGGCUCAGUGCCUUGGUGCCAUCUGCGGUUGCGGUCUGGUUAAAGCGUUCCAAAGUUCUUACUACAACAGAUAUGGAGGUGGAGCCAACCAGCUUGCGGAAGGCUACAACAAAGGUACCGGACUAGGUGCCGAGAUCAUCGGAACAUUUGUCCUUGUCUACACCGUCUUCUCUGCCACCGACCCGAAGCGAAGUGCACGUGACUCUCAUAUUCCUGUUUUGGCGCCACUUCCCAUUGGUUUUGCCGUCUUCAUGGUUCAUUUAGCCACCAUCCCCAUCACCGGAACUGGAAUCAACCCGGCCCGUAGCUUCGGAGCCGCAGUUAUCUACAACCAAGAAAAGGCCUGGGACGACCAAUGGAUAUUUUGGGUGGGACCGAUGAUCGGAGCAGCGGCGGCUGCGUUAUACCAUCAGUUUGUUCUACGAGCGGCUGGAAUUAAAUCUCUUGGCUCCUUUAGGAGCUCUGCUUAACUUGAAUUGUUUGAAUUAAGCCACAAGUUAAUCUUUCAUAAAAUGAUGAUGAUUACCUGUAUUAAGCGUAAGCUACCUAAAGUUCAAAAAAAAAGAAGCGUAAGCUACCUGUAUCUUUUAUUUAUUUAUAUGUUCUGUUUUUAUAAUUUCUUGGAAUUUUCCCAUUGGUCGCAAACCUGGUUUUAAUUAAUGUUGCUUUAAGAUAAA